AUGUCUCCAAACCAGUCCAACGUGGCGUCGGGCACGCACGGCAGUCUCACCCUCACCGCCUCGCAAGCGGGGCCUACCACUCUGCGUCUGAGGGCCGCAGCCGAGCCUUCCGAGGGCCGUCGCAUUCAAUGGGCUGAGGAUGUCGUCGACAAUGAAGGCAUGGGCAAGAAGAGCUCGAAAGUAUGCUGCAUCUACCACAAACCACGCGAGGCUGGUGAAUCCUCCGAUGAAUCAUCCUCAUCAUCAUCCUCCUCCGACUCGGACAGCGAGCCCGACACUAGUAGGGCCCAGCCGGCAAAUCGUCGUCGAAACCAGCAUCAAGACUCAGACGGCCCAUGCGACCAUGAUCAUACCGACCCUGCUCAUUCGCAUGGCUCUGAAAAGGGCAAGCAGAAGGCCCGCAAGCCCAGCCCGAAUGCCUAUGAGAGAGUGCCCAGGAGAAAGACACCCAAGAAGGACUGA